UAAUUUGAAAUGUUUAGUUCUAGUGUUUAGAGAGAUAAAAAAAAAAGUAACCUACUGCUGUGGUGUCGUACCGGAAUCCGGACAAUAUAAAUGCUAAUUACUAAAUAAUCAAUUGCUGCUGUUUUUUUUAUUAUUUGUAUUCCCGUUAACGUGUUGUGUUAUUUUAAUCAGUAAGAUCCGUGUACAUUUAAUUUUAAUUUUUUUAUUCUUAUUCAAUUCAAUUUUCGUUCGAUGUGUUUGCAAUGAACGGUAUGACGUUCAGCGAGUUAAUGUAUUUAUUUUGUUGUCCACCUUUGCCAUCGAGAAUCGCCGCCAAGCUAGCGUUCUUGCCGCCCCCGACCACAUAUGAUUUCACCCCCGCCGAAAGUGGCGAGAGCAAGUAUCACAUAAAAUUCAACGACAAGGCCGAAUGGCAGUACACCGACAGCGACGUGCAGAACAUUGAAGGGUUCUAUGCGCGAACAUCCCGUGGCAACCGCAUCGCCUGCAUUUUUGUCCGAUGUUGCCCCAACGCUCGGUACACGAUACUGUUCUCACACGGCAAUGCCGUAGACCUAGGACAGAUGAGCAGUUUCUAUUUGGGCCUCGGCAUGCGGAUAAACUGCAAUAUAUUUAGUUACGAUUAUUCGGGCUAUGGGAUAAGCAAUGGCAAGCCGAGCGAACGGAAUUUAUACGCAGAUAUUGAUGCUGCAUGGCAGACGCUAAGAACGAGCUACGGUAUAAGUCCCGAAAACAUAAUUCUCUACGGACAAAGCAUUGGUACUGUGCCAACUGUUGAUUUGGCAUCUAGAUAUGAAGUAGGUGCUGUAGUUUUGCAUUCACCGUUAACUUCCGGCAUUAAAGUUGCUUUUCCCAGAUCCAAAAGGAAGUGGUUCUUCGAUGUAUUUACGAGUAUUGACAAAGUAUCUGAAGUGAACUCUCCAGUACUCGUCAUACAUGGAACUCAUGAUGAGGUCAUCGACUUUUCACACGGUGUAGCCAUUUAUGAAAAAUGUCCGAAAGCAGUUCCACCGCUAUGGGUUGAGGGUGCUGGACAUAAUGAUGUAGAACUCCACAACGUUUAUCUAGAAAGACUUAAACAGUUUGUUUCGACAGAAUUGCUCAACUGACACUUAAUUAAUAAAAAUGAAGCAAGCCCAUUGAAUGGACAAUCGCCCAAGACAUUGACUAAUGGCUCAGCGACUGAAAAAUUACUUUGGUAAUUUUUAUUCUAAACAUGAUAUAACACAAUAUUACAUGAUACAUGAAAUGUUUUGUACUAUGUUUUAUCACACUUAUCGUUUAUUUAAAAAAAUUUUAUCAUUUAUUACAAAUCCAUUGUACAAUACAUGUGUUUUUUUUUUUUUAUCAUUCGCUUAAUUGUUAUAGCCUAACCUAAUUAUUACUAUUAAGAAAAUAAUUAAAACAAUAUUCCUAAACAAUUAUUUUAAAGUUUUUAUAUAUACAUACAUUUGUAUAUAUAUAGUUAUCUUUUGUAAACUAUGAUAGUAUACAUUAAUUAUUAAUAAUUUGUAAUUAAUAGAAUGAACUAUAAUGAAGUAUUGGUGUUUUACUGUUUUAGUUUUAAAAUUAUUUAUUUAUUUUAUGUUAAUUGUAUUGGUCUAUGUAUUACAUUAGGUCUAUGUUUGAACUAUGUUAUAGAUUUAUAAGUUAAAAUACAUUUUUUUAUUUUUAACCAAAGUAGUAUUUUCGAUUACCGAAUUAAAUAAAUUUUAGCCGAGAGAAAAAUGAUUCUUAAAUAUUUUCAACAAAACUUAUAAAUAGUGUGUUCAACACCACAAAUCAAUAACUUAAGAGAAAAAAAAAUGUAUACUAAAUUUGAUGAAUUUUUCGAAUAAGUGUUGUUCGUUUUAUUUUUGUUUUUACAAAUGAUAAUUAAUGUUUCUUCCUUAUUAAAGUGCUAAAUUUGCACCAUUGUGACUUAUUAUAGAAUCAUGUUUAUAAGUUUUUAUAUUAUAAUUAUUAUUGAGUGUUUUUUAUUAUUAUUUUACAUUUACUUAUGUUCUAAUACGAACAAAACAAUGAUUUUAUAUGAACCGAUUGUUUUUUUUUUACAAUAUUAUCUUUUUAAUGUGACCAUGUUAUAAAUUUAAAAACGUAUUAUAAUGUAAUAUAUACAUAUUGAUACUUCAAUACUUAUUAGCCUUAAGUCUUUUUCUAAUUAUUAUUGUUGUGGCCUUAAAAAUAAUUCUAUGUAACUCAUUUAACUUGUAGUAUUAAUUGAUUAUAUACCGUUCUUAUAUUAUUACCUAGUACCAUAUUUAAGUGAUAAUUAAAGAACUAAAUGCACGCAAAAUCUU